UCGCUGUCGGACGACGUAAAUGAUACUUUAUUAUUUUUUUCCUUGUGACAUUUGUUCAAAGAUUGCUCACAAAAAGGAUUGUGAUGGUCAUUUUAUGGAUACAUAUCAGAAAUUCUUUAGGCCCCACCCUCCGUAGGUAUACACUGUCACUGCAGAUACAAAUGCAAGUGUAUACACGUUUCGGGGUUAGUUGAUUCCCGUCAGCUGGAAGUAGACAAGCUGAAACGCCAUUGUAUAGUUUUCUCUCCAUUUUUCUUCCGCCGAAUUGAAUCAGUAGAGUAAAAACAAAAGUAAAUUUCUACGAUGGAUUCGCCAGACAUUGACAGCAACGAAACCGUCCAACAUCAGUCGACUAUCGAACAGGUUGUCACCGAAGAUGUCCAGCCGCAACUACAACCGUCUGGAAACCCAAACGAUUCGAUAAAAGCGCCAGAAAUUGUUCCCGAUAAAACAUCAAACGAGCCAGCGCUAUCCUCGAGAACUUCUUCUGACGCAGGUGACCAAACUCAACCCUUGCCGACCCAUGAAGAAACCGUCGACCAUGAACCAAAGGUUGAUCUAGAGAAAGACAAACUGUCUGUUUCCACCGAAGACUUGACUGUAUCGCUUCCUACCAAAGACAAGCCGGAAGACCAGAUCAGCUGUGAGCCAUCAUCAUCGUCGUCGAUCACUUCGUCGUCGAUCACAACUGUGGAAGAAGUCAAGCAAAUGUCUAGACGCCAACUCGCCACCGUCCUAAUCCUGUGUUUUGUCAAUCUUUUGAAGUACAUGGAUCGGUUCACUAUCGCAGGGAUCCUGCCGGAGAUCCAGUGCUUUUUUGGAAUCAGCGAUGCGCAAGGUGGAUUACUGUCGACGGCUUUCGUGGUGUCCUACAUGCUCUUCUCACCUCUUGUCGGAUACCUGGGCGAUAGAUUCUCUCGCAGGAUCAUCAUGGGAUGUGGAAUCAUUUUCUGGGGUCUUUCCAAUUUAGCCGGUUCGUUCACGGAAACUUACAGCCUCUUUCUGACGUCGAGGAUUCUAGUUGGCAUCGGCGAGUCCAUGUUUUCCACCGUUUCGCCGACUAUCAUUUCCGACGUGUGCGUCGGUGACACUCGGUCGAAAUUCCUCAUCCUUUAUUAUUUCGCCAUUCCGGUUGGAAGCGGUCUAGGAUUUAUUGUUGGUGCGGCGAUGGCCAGCGCUUUCGGUUCCUGGCAGUGGGGCCUCCGUGUCACACCUUUCUUAGGCCUUAUCGCCGUCCUGUUGAUCUUCUUUAUCGUCCAAGAGCCACCGAGAGGUGAAGCCGAAGGAUCUACUUUAUCCCCGACGACUUACUGGGACGAUCUUAAAUAUCUGGCCAAAAAUAAAAGUUACGUAUUGUCAACCGCGGGCUGCACGCUCACCACCUAUGUCUCGGGAGCGCUGGCCUGGUGGGGUCCGAAAUUCAUUACAUUGGGACAAGCCUCCGGACAAGGAUUAGACGUGUCUUAUACCAGGGUGUCUUUAGUCGUCGGCUUCGAAGCAGCUUUAGCCGGCGUGGUGGGCGUUGCUUCCGGAUCUUUGGUCGGACAGAAAUUCAGGAAACGUUUUCCAACUGCCGACGCCCAAGUUUGCGCUUGGAGUAUGGUCAUUUGCGCCCCGCUACUCUAUUGGGGAUGCUAUAUAGCGACCGGCCCUCCGGUACCCUUAUACAUCGUCCUCUUCUUUGGUCAAUGGUUCCUCAACGUUAGCUGGGCUCCCGUUGGUGACAUCCUCUUGUAUGUCGUCAUUCCUACGAGACGUUCGACGGCCGAAGCUUUUUCUAUCCUCAUUUCCCAUGCAUUAGGUGAUGCCGGAUCUCCGUAUAUAGUUGGGCUGGUAUCAGACAGCUUUAAAAAGUCGUUGACUGCUGCGGCUGAAUCGAAAACUUAUUUAUCGAAUGAUUACUACGACGGGACGAUGGUCUUGGAUCAAUCCUCUUCAAGUAAUAAUUGUUCCGGUUCAUCGUUCAUCGAUCCGGAAACGGUCGACAUUGAUUUUCGGGCUCUACAAUACUCGUUGUUCAUCACGACAAUCAUCGCAGCCCUGAGCGCCUAUUUUUUCUUCCUGAACGCUUGGUACAUCGUCGAAGACAAAGCCGCUGUCGCAAAAGCUGUGAAGGAAAACGAAGAAUUGAUGCGAAUAGAAAAAAUUGAAAAGCAAGAUUCGGCUAACACUAAAUCGGAAUUGUCGGGAGUGUGAAACAUUGGUUCAAGAUAUUCAAAAGAUUUACGUAAGAAAUAAAAAUAAGAAAAGAUUCGCAUUUUGAACUAAGCGAUCCUGUACGUGUUUAAAUGAGUGUAUGUCUGUAUUUUCCUUAAAGCGUUGAGUCAAUGUAAUAAAGGUUUUAAUGUUAAA